AUGAGAGAUAUAGAGAGCAUCGAUGUUUCUUGGAACCGACUUACUAGUGCCAUACCGAGUUCCACCCAAGAGUUUGAGAGCCUUGCUUCUCUCAACUUGUUGAGGAACUCGUUUCAAGGAUCCAUGCCACAAUCGAUUGGCCAUCUCAAAGGGUUUGAGUUCCUCGAUCUCUCCUACAAUGAGUUAUCAAACACAAUACUUGAGUCCUUGGAAGGACUUGCAUAUCUACAAAUUUUGAACUUGUCCAUUAAUAAGCUAUCAGGAGAGAUUCCUAAUUGCGGGCCCUUUGGAAAUUUCCUGGCUCUCUUUUCAUUGGGAAUGAAGCACUUUCUGAAAUGCGAUUUUUCAAAAUGCGACACUUUUCGUAUGAUCCGGCACCGCAAUCUCGUCAAGGUGACUAGCACCCGCACGAAUGCAAAUCUGAGAGCUUUGGCACUGCAAUACGUGCCUUGUGGGAGCUUAGAGAAGUGGCUGUACUCUAACAAUUACAACUUGGAUCUCCAUCAGCGAGUGAAGAUAGUGGUUGACGCCGCAACGGCGAUCGAGUAUCUCCACCAUGACCAAUCGGAACCCAUUGUGCACUGCGAUUUGAAGCCUAGUAAUAUUCUUCUAAAUGAGGGCCUAGUCGCACAAGUCUUUGACUUUGGAAUUGCCAAGAUUUUGGUUGAGAACAAGCUUGAAACACAAACCCAAACUCUCGACACGAUUGGUUACAUUGCUCCAAGUACAUUUGCCGAAUAUUAG